GACGCCUACGGCUCUGCGCUUGAGUUCCUACUACCAGACACUCACACUCACUGGGCUCACUGCAUUUUGUCUUUUGUGUUUAAAUGUGUUUGUAAGAUUUAACCUAUGAAGUAACUGAGGAGAAGCAGGACAUUGUUCAGAGGGUAAUGUUUAGUUUAAUGUCUAAACACGAUGUGUAAGAUAUGUCCUCUGACUGUGCCGACUGCAAUCCAACAUUAACUAUGUAACAUGGGGGAGGCUGCGAGCUGUCUCAGCCUCCUGCAUCAGCUGGGAGCUCGAGCGAGCGUAUCCAGCCGGCCACAAACUCCACGUCGCUCCCUGAGCUUGAGAAGCGUCCCGAGCACGCUGCGCGUCCAGCACAGCUGCAGCUAGCUCUGUCUCACCAGAGGUUUCCACACCGUCUGGUCCAUUUGCGUCUCCGCCCGACCGGUCAUCAGCGCCCUGUCCCACUCUGCUCCUGGGUCUCUGCUGCCAUCAGCCAGUUUCUGAUGCAGGUUUCUUUAAAUCCUCUUUGUGUUUCAGAAGUCACACUUCCCCGAACGCCUUUAGCACCAACACUGUAUUUGCACACGUUCAUGCGCACAAAACAGGAAACACUAUUAAAAGACAGUGAGAGGUGUUAAGGCCGUUCCUAAAUAACUCCUGAUCCUCUUCUCAUGAAGAAAAGAUGAAGUCAGAGUUUAAAUCUUUUCUGUCUGUGUCAGGAUGGCAGCAAACAUCUGCUGCUGUCUUUUUGCCUUUUUCCUGAGCUGUAAAGUCACUGCAGGUUUGAUGCAUGAAGUGGCUGAAGAAGAGCGCUCCGUUGUUCUGAGGUGUCCUCUCUCCGAGGAGCGCAGAGUGACGUGGAGCAGAGAGAGAAAUGACAGCAGAGAGGAGAUCCUAACAGCCGAUGGCGGACGUUUAAUAAGACACGAUGACAUCACCAAGCAGUACACUGCAUACGACGACCUGUCGCUCUACAUUUACAGAGCUGCUGUCUCGCACUCGGGAACCUACUUCUGUGACGAUAAAGCUGCUGUGGCGCUCACAGUGAUCCCGUCAGGAACAAUGAGACUCGCUGUUGUGGGGGGGAGGAACGUCACCCUGAGAUGCCCUCAAGCUGGUCGAAGAUCAGGAAGUCCAUCGUGGAGCAGAAGUUUUGCUGGAAAACAACAGAUAGUCUGCCCUCAUGCUUCCACUGUGGGCCAGAUGUUGAUUAUUCCAGAUGUUCAGCUUGCUGACUCUGGACUGUACCACUGUGAUGGAAAACCAGCUGCUUAUCUAAAAGUGAUCAAGGAGGAGAAAUCUGACAGCGACAGGAAAACAACACGAACACCACCACCAAAAACAAUGACCACUUCACUGACAACAAGAACUGCAGCAACAGCGGCAGCAGCACCCGAGGAAAUCUUAGUUGUUGAUUACCCGUGGCACAUGACUGUCCGCACACUGAUUGGACUGCUCUACUUAAUCAUCAUGAUCAGCAUCACUGCUGUUACCCGGAGGAAAGCUCGACAGAUACAGAAGCGAGACAGCAGCAGAUUCUGAUCUCUGAUGCUCCAUCACACAGAAGCAGGACACCUGUGUUAACUAUAUGCAUCGUAGCUGCUCAUGGAGACUAAAGACAGUGUGGCACAAUAGCAAGCUACUGCUGCUGGGCUCCAGUUUGGUAUAAGUGCCUUGCAGAUUCAGUAUGUACCGUUGUGUCCACAAUUUUAAAUCAUUUGGAAAAAAAAUUGUUUUUUGUUUUUUUUUUUCUUACAGAUUUUAUUUUGCUGUUUAGCUUCAGUACGCUGUUGGCUCUGUUGUCAUGGCAAUAACACCAAAUUAUACCAUGUAAAACUCUGAAUAAAAAAUAACAAACACACCUGCUUAAAAGUAAAUGUUGCUGUUGUUGCAUCCCCAAGUUGGUCUACGAGUGAGGACAGUAACAUCAAACUGGCUGGAAAAACAGGAGAAAACGGUGAAAACCAAAAUAGAAUGGGCACUCAAGGUUUCUGGCUAAAUUAACAAGACCAUCAAUGAAGGCUAACAAACACCAACAAGCUAACAAACACGAUCAGAUCCUAACUAACAUACUAACAGCAGUUUCACAAACACAGAGGCCCUGAAUGCAGCAUCAGUCCAGUUAUAAAGGCCCUGGAGAGCAUUUAUUGGCUACAGGCCUCAGACGUCAGCCAAUCCAGUCUUUAAGUCUGACAUCAUUAGCUGUGUCCAAAAGUCAAACGAUCACUGCAGCAUCACUGAGAGUUAAAA